UGCAAAACGGAAGCUCUAUCCCAGAGCUACAGCCCUUCUCCAUAACCUAAAAUAUGCUAGAAUACCCCCUCCCCUUUUUUGGAUCUGUGCUUGCUUUUUUGUCAGAGUCUCAAGGGUUAAGUGCACAGAGCUCUCUGUGCCUAGAGUGGAUCAGCCAGAUAUUGUAAAAAGAGUGUGUUCAAGUAAGCCCCUUGCUGUUCCUCCUCUCUAGUAAGAAAGCCCUUCGUGGAAUUGCCAUCCUAAACAGACUGGAGGCAACAGUCGGAGACAGAAAUGGAGGCGUGGGACCCUGCACAACCUGAACAGAGGGAGAGAUUUAGGGCAUGGAAAAAAGAGCAUCAUGUUGUCCAAGCUGGAACUGCAGAAGAGUUUCUAGUUGUGUCAGUUCCCCAAGAACUUAAGCGAGACUCAGACGAGGGGUUAGAAAAUCAGCACCGUCCUCUCAUUCAGGAUGGUGAAACGCCACUGCUGACAGGGUCCCAGUCUGGAGAGGAAGCUGAAAAAUUUGGGGCCUCCAUCAAAGGAGCAUCUGGUUCCAGGCAGUGGUAUGGAGGAGCGUGUGUGACACAAACACUGCCAGGUGUCAGAAGCGAAGCCUGGGAUUCUUCUGUGAGAAUGAAGGAGGAGAUGCUGGAUGCAGAGUUGAGGCACCCGCCGUUUGGGAAAUUCUGCUCCGGGAAGGCCGAUGGGCCCCAUGAGGCCCCAAGGCAUUCGGGAAACCUGUCAACUCAGUGCCUCAACUCGCAGCAGGAUCUCUCAGACACUGACUUGAUCAAGCUGCCCAUGGAGGCCAAGGACAAGGGUGAUGGGAAGGCCAACUUGCUGGGUGAUGAACAAGCAAGGGCAAAACUGGAGAAAUGCCAUCAGUCAGGAAGACCUCAGCAAGUGGAACUCAAGGAGAGAUUAUUAGGAAACGACCUGGGGAAUAUCUUGCUGUUUAAUGAGAGGGGAGAGGUAUCAGGAAAUCAGCAGGGAGCAGAAAGAUGCCUCAAAUACCAUGCAGGGAGGACAGCAAAACAAGCUUUUCUUUGUAAGGAAGGAGAGCCACGCUUACUUGAGCCUACAACUGAAGGGGAAAUCCUUAGUUAUAGGAGAAAACAGAUGGGCACCAACUGUGGAGAAAGCCUUGGUCCAAGCAUUGACCUUCCUAAGAAUUGCAAGAUGCCCAUGGGAGAAACGUGCUAUGAAUGCUCCUAUUGUGGGAAGAUCUCCAGUUGCAGGGCACACCUUCUUAAACAUGAGAGAAUCCACACAGGGGAGAAGCCCUAUGACUGCACUGUCUGUGGCAAAAGCUUCAGUCGGAAAGAAUCCCUUACUAUUCAUGAGAGAAUCCACACUGGAGAGAAACCGUACAGGUGCUCAGACUGUGGGAAAAGCUUCAACAAGAAAUCGGCCCUCAGUAUACACUGGAGGACCCAUACGGGGGAGAAACCAUAUGAAUGUGCCGAGUGCUGGAAAAACUUCAGCACCAGCUCACACCUUAUAAGGCACAUCCGGGUGCACACAGGGGAGAAGCCCUUUAAAUGCUCUUACUGCGAGAACAGUUUCAGCCAAAGGUCGGAUCGAGUCAUUCACGAGGGGACUCACACGGGAGAAAAGCUGUACAAAUGCUCUGAGUGCGAGAAGUGCUUCAUUUCCAUGUCCAACCUGAGCCAUCACAAAUGGACGCACACAGGAGAGAAGCCCUAUAAGUGCUCAGAGUGCGGGAAAAGCUUCAGCAAGAGUUCCAAUCUUACUGAACAUAAAAACAUCCACACGGGAGAGAAGCUGUACAGGUGUUCCAGCUGUGAAAAAAGCUUCAUUUCCAGCUCUAACCUCAUCAACCAUAAGAAGGUGCACAUCGGGGAGAGGCCGCAUCCGUGCCUCGCCUGUGGGAAACGCUUCAGCCGGAGAUCCAGGCUGAUGCAGCACAAGCGGACGCACAUUUGAGAGAAUGUGUUCCUGUGCUCGGACUGUGGGGGAAAGCUUCUGUCAGAAAGUGUGGCUCCUGAAGCACAAGGAGACUCAUUCAGUGGUUGAACCAGUAUAAACGUUUCCUACUGGGAAAGGAGCUCAGACUUUCUUAGGAGAGAAGAUGGUGUAAGUGCAGAACAGGCUGUAAAGUUGUGUGAGGGGGCGAUUUGCAGUACAGAAAUGGCGAAUGGGAGAGGGUGCUUAGUUCUUCCCUCUUCUGUUUGUUUUCCCCAGUACAGGAUCCCUUCCUUAGCCGAUAUUCCCCCAGGCAGUGUUACGAACCUGUAGUUGAGAAAGUAAAAAGAGAGCCUGUGGCCCUGAGCCUAAUGCCUUGUGGCCCUUGGAGUCAUCUGGCUCUUUGAACAUGUGGGUUUACUCUUGCUUUCUUGACCACCCCACUGGUAAUCUUCCCCCCCUCUGUGUGUGUGUGUGUGAGAGAGAGGG